UCCAAGCCUCCCGUUGGCAUUAGCCCCUCCCCAGCACCGGCUGUGCGCUCCCGCCCUCCGCACCCCACGCACCCGCCCCACACUCCUGGCACUGCUGCCUGAGCCUUCCUGGAGUUACUUAAUCCAUCCCAGCCCCGGGCAGUUAACCCCGCGUGCAGACCCCUCGUCCUCAGCUCUGCGGAGAGAGGGUCCCCACAGCGUUUCUGCUCCUCCCCCAAGACUGCGGCAGGGCACAGCACCAGCAAACCCCACACACAGCCGGGGCACAGGCAGCAUGGAGCUGAAGAGAGGAAAGACCUUCAUCAAGUCCAGCCUGCAGGUUUCCCACGAGAAACCGCCAGACCCAGCAGCCAAGGCUCCAGCCAGGGAGGGGGCAGGCCCCUGGUCAGUCCUGCCAGGAGGGCAGCCGAGGCCCCAUGUUGAGAAGGGCCCCCAAGCCAGCCCCAGUGCCCAAGGAUAUGACAGAUGCCCCAACAAAGGGACACAGCUGGACCCCAAGGGGGGACCCGCAGCCCUCUGUGGAACCGCCUUAAAACCUGUGAGAAAGAGCAAGACUCACGACAGUGUGUCUGGGGCAGGCAGGGCCUCUGCUGCCACAGGGCAGCUGGUGGGCAGUGCAAGCUUUCCGGGCUCUCCGGGCAGCCGGCGCAUGAUCGACUACCGCCACUUUGUGCCCCAGAUGCCCUUCGUGCCGGCUGUGGCCAAGAGCAUCCCGAGGAAGAGGAUUUCCCUGAAAAGGCCCAAGAAGUGCUUUCGGAACCUAUUCCACAUUCGCAGAAACAAGGCCGAGGACUUAGCCUCUCUGGCUGCCGAGGGGAAGAACCUGCCCUCCGCAGGGGACCCGUCAGACCCUGGGGGCCGGCGAAGCAAAGCCUUCUUCCCCUCGGGUGAGGGGCCAGGUGUGGACAGCCUGUGCCAGGACCUGUCGGACAGCGAGCUCCUGGCCGAUGCAUCCUUUGGUCUCUGCAGGGCCCUGUGUGAGGACGUGGCUUCACUCCAGAGCUUCGACUCGCUCACGGGUUGUGGGGAGGUCUUUGCAGAUGAGAGCUCGGUGCCAUCCUUGGAGCUGAAUGAGGACCCAGAGAGCCCAACCCAGGGCCUGGAGAGCAAGGUUCCCAGGGGUCCCCUCCAGGGCAGUGUGGAGCAACUGGCCUCGCCCGCCCAGAAUGAAGUCUCUGACUUCACCAGGUUCUGGGACAGCGUGAAUCGCUCGGUGCGGCAGCAGCAGCGCGCCCUGCUGGGCCCUUGGCUUGCGGGCCCCCAGGGGACAGACAGGGACCAGCCCCGGCUGGACGCAGCUGGGCUAGCUGAGCUGCCCCUCUGCCCCUGCAGGGACCCUCGCAGCGGCUCCAAAGCCAGCUCCAUCGACACAGGAACCCCCAAGAGUGAACAGCCGGAAUCCGUGUCCACAAGUGAUGAGGGCUACUAUGACUCCUUCUCGCCAGGCGUCGAGGAGGACAAGAAGGAGGCCGAGAGCCCAGGCACACCUGCCGCCACCUUCCCACGGGACAGCUACAGUGGGGACGCCCUCUACGAGCUCUUUCACGACCCCAGCGAGGGACCUGUCGACCCCAGUCCAGAUGAUGACCUGUGCGUGUCUGAGAGUCUGUCGGGGCCAGCCCUGGGGACGCCACUGUCCAUGUGCAGCUUCCGAGUGGGGGCCGAGGAGAACCUGGCCCCAGCACCAGGCCCUGACCUGCUCAGCCAGGGCUUCCUGCAGAGCUCCUGGAAGGGCAAGGAGUGCCUGCUGAAGCUGUGUGACACCGAGCUUGCCAUCACCAUGGGCAUCGUCAGCUGGCUGCGCCGAGGCCCCACGCCCCGUGCUCCACCCACCCCUGGGCAGCCCGUAGCUCCGCCUGGUCCCCAGGGGACCCCCAGGGCACCCACAGAGAAACUAGGGGGCAGGGAGGGCAUGGCCUCAGAUGCAGGGGGGGCAACAGUGUGCUCAGCACCCAGCAGGCAGGAGCUGUGGGCACACCUGGGCACCACAGACCUGCUUGCUGGAGAGAGCAAGGCCCUCGGGGGGGCCACACAAGGGACCAGCACGCUGUCCAGGGAUGCCUCUCGAGAGGAAGGGACACGAGGUUGCUCCGAAGGCUUGUUCUCCUCUAUGGAGUCUGCAGCCACUUCGACAACAGACACUUCCAGUAAAAGCAAGACCCCAAUCCCUUCUGCCUGGCCUUGCUCCCAGAAGGAGCCUGGGUCACCGGGGGUCCUGGGGUGUUUCCAAGGCCCCUGGAGGCCAGGUCACGGGGGUGGCACUCUGGAUGCAGAGCCCAUGCUGGCAAGCUGUGCGGCCCGUGUGGCAGACCUGAAGAUCAGCUCAAACGACCAGCCCCUGGCCGCAUGGCCUCCAAGGCUGGACAUGGGCAGUGGGCUCUUCGGGCAGCGCCAAGCCAGGGGCCCUGACAUUCUGGAGCAGAAACAGUCUAGCAGCUCCCCCAGCAUGGCCACUGUCCAUGGCCUACCCUACUCGGCCAGCACACAGGACCAGAGGUGUCGAGAUCGUGUCCGGGACCUGAGCUGGCUCAGGGUGGAGCCCACCGGGCUAGGUGUCCAGGCCUGGGCCUCUCUGGAGGACCAGUCCCUGCAGCUCAGCACACGGGCUGUGGAGCAGGUAGCACACAGCAGCCAGCUGGACUCUGAGCCCUCCUCAGCCCCUGCUGCCCGGUGGAGUCCCCGGGGCCACCAUCCAGACAGCUUGGUUCUCGCUUUGAACAGCCAGCAGGAGGGGGUGGUCUCUGCAAGUGCCCCAGAAUGCCGCUGCAGCCUCCUGGCCCGUGAGGGUCUCCUCUGUGGUCAGACAGAAGUGGGGGCCUCCAGGCCAGCCAUGGCCGAGCCCCACCUGUAGGACAGGCUCACACGCAUCAGGAACUGCAUGUGUCUUCAUGACCACUUUCAGCAGAGCCUAGGACUCAAAUCUCUAUCUUUUGUCCCUGAUGGGAGGACUGUGCUGGGGGAGGGGUGGCAGGACUCAGGCAUGCAGAGGCUAGCACGUUCAUAUGGAGGCAUCCUUGCCUGAACCCACCAGCUCAGGCAGCCCACAGCCAAAGCCAGCGCGACACAGCAAGGACCUAGCUGCUCCUCAUGCAGAUGCUGGAGAGAGGAGCUGGGGCUUGAAACUGAUGGGGAGAAAGAGCUGCACAUUGUAAAUGGGAAGCAGAGAGCCAGUGAGUCUACACAGGAUGUGUGGGAAGCCCAAAAGGCACAAUCCCAAAUGCCAUAGUCCCAAGUGUUAAGAAUCCGAAAGAUCAAAGUUACUCUAAAGUCUUAAAGUCACAAUCCUAAAAGAGCUAAAUCCUGGAAACAUAAUUCUGGGAAAAUGUUUUUUAAAAAAUUUAAAGAUACUUAUUUACAUCUUAAAAGGAUUUAUUUGAGAAGCAUAUGAAAACACAACAGAACACAUCAUCAGCCACUUUACACAAUAAAAUAGGCAAUAAUUCAUAUUUUUGCAAGCAUAAACAGGUAUAGUAAUGACAGUCACAUGCGUGUGAGUUAUUAGAAGACAAACUAUAUUUGUAAAGAAAUAGGUGAAAAUAGGGAUGUAUACAUGCAUGUCAGUGUGCGUGGUAAUUGUCUGCUCGUGGCUUUAUAUCUGCAGUUAUAUCAGGACUAACAACCUCAGUCUUUUGACGAAGUCAAUCAAUGAUGGGUCACCACCACACAUGCAAUUGCCCAAAGAGCACAGAUGGCAAGAACUUUCAUCUCUCACAAAUGCAGAUGUACAAAAAUUACACUCUUCAUUUAUUGAGGAAGUCUUGACGUUUGUAUGCACACACACAAUGCUUACACACGCACAGUCAACCUGGGAUGCCAGCAGGGUGGCUCAGAACGAAAGCUUCAGGACUCAGGACGACCACAGCUGUAAGUUCCCAAGUCCAAAGGCCAGCGAACCUGGAGCUCUGGUGUCACAGCAGCAGAAGAAAAGCCUGUCCUGCCUCUCAGAGACCAAUUCACCUUCUGUAUUUGUUCCCUCUGGGUCCCAGCAGAUUGAAUGCUGCCCACCGACACUGAGGGUGGGUCUUCCCCACCUAGACCCCUCAGACUCACACACUAAUCCCUGGAAACACCUCACAGACAUGCCCCAAAUAAUGGUCUACCAGGUCUCCAGGUGUCCCCUAACCCAGUUGAGUUCACACCUGAAGUGGAGUCCGCAGGUCCACCCCUUGUUGGCUCGGCAUCCUUCCAUGUCUCCUUAAACCUCGCUCAGUCUUCAAAUAAAGCCCCAAACAAGGCGCUCGUUCCACCUAACGUGCAGCUAUCCUGGGAUUGUGAUUUUCAAGACUUUAGAUGUUAGGGAUUUGAAACUUUAGGGGUUUGGGUCCUUCGGUAUUUCAACAUUGAGGACCAGUGUUUGGGAUUACGUCUUUCAGAAUAAAGAUCCAAACUUGUGUGAGGACAGGGAGGCUCGAGGCUCGGGAUGGAAGACCGACGCGGCGUGGAGGGCGAGCCCAGGAGGGCCCACUGGCCUCCAUCUGGCCCCAGUCUGGCCUACUCUCUGCCCCAGAACAGGUGGCUACAACGUGCUGAGGGCCUGAAGGGCGUCUCCUCAGGAACACUGUAUUACUGUUUUGUGUUGCUAUAAAGGAUUACUGUGACCAACU